GCUCCAGGGAGUAAGAGUAUAAGUCAAAAUAUUGAAUUUUUUUUUUUCGGAUAUUAGUAUUUUUUAAGUAGCCGACUAUGUGUGUCUAAGAGUAUAAGUCUCUACUGUACUUUGUUUCCAGUGUAAUAACGAUUUGAACCUAACAGUCCAAGAGAAAUAAAGUUCAUUAUGUUGGGUGUAAGAGUACAAGUCAACUUAUACUGUUACACCCAAGUCAAAAUUAUGUUGGGUGUAAGAGUACAAGUCAACUUAUACUGUUACACCCAAGUCAAAAUUAUGUUGGUACUGUUGCUUGUUUACUGACUUAUACUAUUGGGAACAACUUCUCCCAGCUGUUGGUUGUGGUUAGAAUUUAACUUAUAAAGUUAUAACAAUAGUAGAAGAUUCUGCGUUAUUUUUCACUAUUCCUCUGAUUUUUACAUUAUAAUGUAUAGUGUGUAGGAGAAAUAAUGUAUAGCAGAGGAAAAAAACUUGUUGAACUUGUAAAAACGAAAAUAGCUAAAGAGAAUACCUCCAGUUUAAAUGCAGGUAAGUGCUAAUUAAAUUUAGUGUGGUACUCCAUUUAUGUCUGUAACUGCAGUAAAAUCUUUUGCAUUAUUACUUUUGUCUUUUAUUUUAUUUCAGAUGUGAUUGAAAAUGUGAAAGACAUACCUGUUGUAACAAACGACCGAAUUGAGGUUAGGGACGAUAUAGAUGAGAAAGGAACUGUGAAUAUCGCGGAAUACUGGUCAGAAAGAAAAACAAACGAGGACGAUCAUGUCUUUGUUCAAGAUACUAGGAACACAAUUUCGAAUGGUAUGGAUGAAGAAAUUUCUAAUGUGACUGAAGAACAACUCGUUAAUGUUGAUGGCACACAGCUACCAAACACCUCAUCAUACAAUUGGGAACUUGAUGAAGUUUUAUUUGAAGUUGUUGUUGAGGACACAGGCCUUGCAAGUAAGUUACAUAGUAUGAGUUGGCAUGUAAGCGUAGAUGUAAAACUAUUAUUAUAUUGUAGUCUUUGGCUUUAUUGUGUGGUUAUACUUACGUCAUUAUUUUUAUGUGUAGGUAAUAAUGAAGAUGGAAGUUUGACAGUGCUCCAACCAAUGGUUAUUGAAGACAUUGCAGAUGCAAAUAACAGAAAUAAAGAAAAUGAACCACAUUAUGAACAGAGUGAAUUUUCCUAUGAUGUUGUUGAUGAGGACAGAGGCCUUGAAAAUACGCGGAACACAUGGGCAGGUAAGAGAGUUGAUACAAAACUAAUCAUUCUUUUAAAAGUCAUUGGCAUUAUUGUGUGCUUGUAGCUAAAAUAAUUGUUUUACUUAUAGGUAAUAAUGGAGAUGGAAGUUUGACAGUGCUCCAUCCAAUGGUUACUGAAGACAUUGCAGAAGUAAAUAUUGAUAAUGGAGAAAUUGAUCCAGAUUAUGAACCGAUAGAAGAGAAAAGCUCAAGUGAAGAUGAUGUUUCCGUUAAUGUUCCUCGCCAGAGGAAGGCUGGUCUCGGAGAAAAAGAAGACAAUACACAAACAAUUGAAGCUGAAGUGAAAAAAUGUAGGUUUUCAAGAGCAAGAAAAAGAGAAAAGUGUGUAAACCGUAACAGAGGGGUGUCAUACACAACUUUAAGCGGUAAAGUUGUCAAAGCUAGAGUAAUGAAACCUCUUAGAGACUGUCGAGCAGAAUGUAGAAAGAGACUUCCUGAAGACAUAAGAGAAAGUAUUUUUAAAGAAUAUUGGUCUCUUGGUAGUAGAGACAGGAGAGUAGCAUAUGUUGCCAGCCUUGUUGAUACUAUGGAAACCAAAACAUCAAGAAAAAGAGCUUACAAUCCUGAUAAAGAGAAAUUUAGAAUGGUUACACAUACGUUUCAUUUUAAGAUAAAUGGGAAAAGAGAAAAAGUUUGUAGGGGAUGUUUUAUGAACACAUUAGAUGAGACACAAAUGUUUGUAACUCUUGCAAUCACCAACAGAAGUACCUCUACAUCUGGUAUCACACAGCAGGACAACAGGGGAAAAACAUCACCUGGUAAUGCAAUUUCUGAUGAACGACUGGAUGAGGUUCGAAGGCAUAUACAAUCAUUCCCUUCUUACGAAUCUCAUUACACGCGAAGAACAAACAACAAGAAGUAUCUUCCUUCUUUUCUGGAUUUGAAUACUAUGUUCUCAUUUUACAAAGAAUCAACUUCUAAUCCUGUGGGGCGUACUGUAUAUACUAGGGAGUUUAAGUCCUUGGGACUAGCCUUUAAAGCACCAAAAGUAGACACUUGUCAUAGGUGUGACACAUUACAAAUGAAAGUGAAGCUAGCGAGUGGUGCAGAAGAAGAAGAUAUAAAACAGGAAAUAUCUGUGCAUCAUGCAGAAGCUGAUAAAGCAUACCUACAGAAAGAUCUCGACAAGAAAACUGCUAAAGAUGAUCCUAGCAAAAGGUGUUUUACGUUCGACUUACAACAAUGUUUGCCCACACCUUUUGUUCAGUCGUCUGUGUCUUUUUACAAAAGACAGCUCUGGACGUAUAAUUUAACUAUGCACGAAACUAGUAAACCAUCUGUUCGUUGUUAUAUGUGGCAUGAAGGCGAAUGUGCUCGUGAUUUGGACCGGAAAGGAUAA